UAAAGUGACUACAAUCUGCAGACAACACAGACAAAAUGCCAGAAGGAAUACGUGAAAUGGGAAAAGGCUUAUACGUCAGCAAAAGGGUGGCGAUAGCCUGUGCGGUUCUAGCCGUCAGCGCCGCGGUCACCAUCAUAGCCCUGUCUGUGUCUUAUUCUAAGAAGUCUGAAACUAAGGCAGUCAUCACGCCUGAGCAGAAGGUGCUCUGGCAAAGCUACAGACUUCCAAAGUCCCUCACUCCUUUAUCCUACAAUGUCACCCUGAGGCCCCGGCUGGAGCCCAACGGUUAUGGCCUCUACAUCUUCACCGGACACUCCAGAGUGGUCUUCGAAUGUGUUAUUGCGACCAACUUCAUCCUUAUCCACUCCAAGAAGUUAAACCUCACCACCUUUGAGGGGUUCCAUGUCAAACUGAGUGGCCUAAAUGGAGGCACUGCACCACACCUGAAGAAAACCUGGCUGGAGGUCCCCACCCAGUACCUGGUGGUCCAGCUCAACAGCUUUCUGCAGGUCGGCAGCAAGUACGAGCUCUACACUGAGUUUGUUGGAGAGCUGUCCGAUGAGCUGGGAGGAUUCUACAGGAGUGAAUACACAGAAGAUGGAGUGAAAAAAGUUGUGGCCACAACUCAAAUGCAGGCAACAGAUGCCAGGAAAGCCUUCCCCUGCUUCGAUGAGCCGGCUAUGAAAGCUGUCUUCCACAUGACUCUCAUUCACCCCCAGGGGACCGUGGCUCUGUCCAACUCCAGGAACUACGACCCUGUAGACAUUGUUGAAGAUGGCCAGAAUUUAAUCCAGACCAGUUUCAAACCCACAGCAAAAAUGUCAACCUAUUUGCUUGCUUUUGUUGUGAGUGAUUUUACUUUCGCUGGGAAGGAACCGACUACAGGCGUCUUGAUCAGAAUCUGGGCUCGCAGGAAGGCCAUAAAAGAGGGACAGGGCGACUAUGCCCUCGAGAAGACUGGGCCCAUACUGGAAUUCUUUGAGCAGUACUACAAAAUCCCCUACCCUCUGGACAAAUCAGAUCAGAUUGCUCUUCCUGAUUUUAAUGCUGGAGCUAUGGAGAACUGGGGCUUGAUCACCUACAGAGAGACAGCCCUCUUGUAUGAUCAUGACAUGUCCUCCAAUGGAGACAACGAGCAGGUGGCAUCCACCAUCGCCCAUGAGCUCGCUCAUAUGUGGUUUGGAAACUUGGUGACCACGAGGUGGUGGAAUGACUUAUGGCUCAACGAGGGAUUUGCAACCUAUGUUUCUUAUCUUGGAGCCAACCAUGUUGAACCAACGUGGAAUAUGCUUGAUUUAAUAGUCCUGAAUGAGGUCAUUGGUGCCAUGUCUGUGGAUGCUCUGGCCUCCUCCCAUCCACUUUCAUCCAAAGAGGAGGACAUCAUGUUGCCAGAGCAGAUCAGUGAACUGUUUGACUCCAUCACAUACAGCAAGGGAGGUUCAGUCCUCAGGAUGCUCUCAGAUUUUAUCACUGAGAAGGUCUUCUCCCAAGGUCUCCAUACAUACUUAGAGGAGUUCAAGUACAAAAACACAGUCUACAAAGACCUCUGGAAGCAUCUCCAAAUGGCAGUGGAUAAAGCUGGUAUAAUGCUGCCUGACUCUGUGGAGGCUAUCAUGAACCGAUGGAUCCUACAGAUGGGGUUCCCUGUGGUCACCAUCAACACCAAAACUGGAAAGAUCACUCAGAAACACUUCCUGCUGGAUCCAAACUCUGUUGUGGACAGACCUUCAGUGUACAAUUACGAGUGGUUUGUCCCUGUUACAUGGAUUCACACUGGUGGAUCUAAACAACAGCACUGGCUUAUUACCAAAGAAGCCACAAACAAGGAUGUGAUCACCAGUGCUGAUGAGUGGUUGGUGGCCAACAUAGAUAUGAAGGGUUUCUACAGGGUCAACUAUGACUCUGAGAACUGGGAGCGUCUCAUCGCAAAGUUGAGCUCUCAACAUAAGGAUAUUCCAGUGAUCAACCGGGCCUCGAUUAUUGAUGAUGCUUUUAAUCUUGCAAGGGCAAAUAUUGUAAAUGCAAAUUUGGCUCUGAGGACGACCACGUUCCUCAGUAAAGAAGUAGAAUACGUGCCAUGGGAGGCAGCCAGGCGCAACUUGAACUACUUCUUCCUCAUGUUUGAUCGCAGUGAAGUUUAUGGACCCAUGCAGGCUUACCUAAAGAAACAGGUCACUCCUCUGUUUAACUACUUCAGAACUCUCACUGCCGACUGGACAAAGAUCCCUGAAAAUCACACUGACCAGUACAAUCAGGUGAAUGCCAUCUCCUUGGCCUGCAAGACUGGGGUGGAAGCCUGUAAGGAUCUGACCACUAGCUGGUUCAAAAAGUGGAUGCAAAGCCCUGAUAACAAUGACAUUAGUCCCAACUUGAGGUCCACAGUGUACUGCAAUGCACUAGCAGAAGGAGGAGAGAAGGAGUGGGACUUUGCUUGGUCCAUGUACAAGAAAGCUACAAUCGCCUCUGAAGCUAAUAAACUCAUGCAUGCUCUGUCUUGUGCCACAAAGCCAUGGCUGCUCAAUAGGUAUCUGGACUAUUGUUUGGACCCAGACAAGAUCCGUAAGCAGGAUGCCACCAUUACCAUUAUUUACAUCUCUGGAAACCCCAUCGGACAGCCUCUGGCUUGGGACUUUAUCAGAGCCAAAUGGAGCCACUUUUUCAAGCAUGGCGGUGGAUCACUUUCUUUUGAUAGACUAAUUAAAGGAGUGACCACACGUUUCUCCACUGAGUUUGAAUAUCAGCAGCUGCUGGAGUUCAAAGAAAACAAUGCAGGGAAGUUUGGCUCGGCCACCAUGGCUUUGGAGCAGGUGUUGGAGAAAACCAAGGCCAACAUGAAGUGGGUGAACAUGAACAAGAAGCAGGUGUUUGACUGGUUCACCAGUGAAGCCUCUUCCCCAGUUUAGUGACACAGAGUGUUGGUAAUAAAAAGUUAUCUCUCAGGAGUUACAGAGUAUCCAUAGUACCAAUGCUGUACCAGUGCAGUACGUACCUAAACCUGUGUACAGGCCAAAACACAAAAAAUGGAGACCUCAAAACCCAGAGGUCUACAUUUUACAAAAUAAGCUUUGCACGCUCUCUGGGAAAGCCAAAAUCUGAAUUGCUAUAUUGAUUGAAGUAAAUAUUUGUGACCUACUGUGCUCAUAGAUGCUUGAGUGACCCUGCUUAACUCACUGGUGACAUCUUGUGUCGUCUUGUGAACACACACACUGACAUGAUGAAAAGUGUGUGACUGGUCUAACAGGCGUUGAAACAAAGUCGCUAAAUGCAGCAAUGUUUUAUAUUGAUUCAGCUUUGGAUGUGAGUAAAGACCAAAAAAAAAAAGCCUGUAAAGUGAAAUCAUGUACCAUUUAACAAUUAGAUCACAUCUGUGCAGAUAACAUAAUCCACAGGUUACCACGUCUAUGAUUAAGUCAUUUUUAAGAAUUUGUUUUAGAGUAGACACAUCAAAUGGGAUAUUCUGAGGUCAUGAAAUAGAUUUCACAUCUUCUGUGGAUGCAUAUCUAAGAAAUAAAAAUGUAAUUGUGACUAUUUUGUACACAUUUAAAGGCACUUUGAGCAGAUGUCUGGGGGGACACAGACUUUCUCUGAGACCAAACUGGGAUUUAAGGUUGUAAAGCAACUCCAGACAUCACACAUCACACUGUUGACAUAAGAGCAGUGUAAAACUCAAAUCACAAAGUGAGGCAGACAUCAUCCUCCGCACACUGACAUAGUUUAUGUCCAUAUUAAGUUUUGGGUCAUGUAUGGAUCCACAACAGGACGAGGACGGAAAUAAAACCUAUUUGACAGCAUAUGAAUCAAAUCUCUAAACUCAGACCUGAACAAGUUUAUUUAUCAUGAGGCUUUUUUUCAGGGUCUGAAGCAGCAGACCUGUUUACACGGAAAGAAAAGGUGCCAAUUAACAGCUUGUGGCUCAGCUGCCACCUCGCUCAGCAGGGUCUUUCCUUAAAGUAUUUAGAGGGGAUGUGCUCCCUGUUUAACACCUCAUCGUCCUGCUGACAGCUGCAGUGUUUGUGUUAGGAAGUGAAGCUAAGCACCAAGUCUGCAUCAUUUCAUUUGUGUAA